AUGGAAGAUUCUAUGGAUUUUAUUCCAAGUGGCAUCAGUUGUGAUUCACCAGUAAUAAGCUGUCCAAGCAACUACUUACUUGCACAGCGUUUGGUAUCAUCACAAAGUGUUACAACAUCACCGCUAGUUAAUAGCGGUUCCAAUAUUCUAGAAUCUACUGAAUUUCAUGAUGGUUUACAUGCAAACGUCGUCCUCUCUAAUAUGUCACAUUUUCGAGAUGAAAAAUUCAUGUGUGACAUUGAAAUUGAGGUUGAAGGGAUCACUUUCACUGCUCAUCGAUAUGUUCUUGCUGCAGCUAUACCGUAUUUUCAUUCAAUGUUUGCUUCCGAAAUGAUCGAGUCGCGUCAAAGCAGGAUUGUUAUUCAGGAUAUCCCUGCCGUUGCCUUCCAACAGCUUCUGGAUUUUGCAUAUACCAGCAGAGUUCAUAUCAAUGGUGAUAAUGUUCAGCAACUGUUAUAUGCCGCUAGUAUUUUGCAGAUGGAUACUGUUUGUGGUGCAUGUCAACGUUUUCUGACACAGUAUUUGACAACCGCUAAUUGCUUAUCUAUUCGUCAGUUUGCUGAACAGCACAACUGUGUCAGCUUGAUGUCAUCUGUUGAUGAUUUUGCAAUGGAGCAUUUCCCAGAAUUACGAGUGCUUCCGGACUUCAUGCGGAUACCACUUGGUCAUUUGAUAGAUCUUCUGCGUAGUUCUGACUUGAAAGUAAACAAUGAACAGGAGGUUUUCGAAACAGUAAUAUUUUGGGUGGAGGAAAACAUUGAAGAACGAAGAAGUUGCUUGCCAGACUUACUUGCUCUUGUUCGCCUACCACAACUACCCAUUGCUUAUUUUUUGAACAAAGUGAAAAAACACCCUUUAAUUGUGGAGUGUGUACGUUGUCGUGACUUAGUGGCAGAUGCGAUGAGUGAAAUGAUGCGUGCUCAGAUCGGUCCUGGAAUUAUUAGUACGGAGAGUGCAUCAUUCUCACCAAUAUUUUCUGCUAUAGGAACUGGAGGUCUUUAUUCAAACAGCACUACAAAUUUUCAAGGUGUGAUAACAGACAUAUCAUCGACAAAGCAUAUGUAUGCGCCAGUACCAUCAUUUGGAGUAUGGACAAAUUGUAGACCGAGAAAAAGUGCAGCAGGUGUCAUAUUUUGCGUUGGUGGGCGAGGUACAUCGGGUGAUCCGUUCCGUUCAGUAGAAGCAUAUGAUUGGCGACGUGAUAGAUGGUUUUCAAUAAGUGAUAUGAAUAUCCGAAGACGACAUGUUGGUGUAGUUAGCGCUCAAGGGAAACUCUAUGCUAUUGGGGGACACGAUGGAACAAAUCACUUAAGUUCCGCUGAAUGUUUUGAUCCUGCCACCAAUAUGUGGCAUACCGUCGCUUCCAUGGAUACUCGUCGUAGAGGCAUAGCUGUUGGAGCAUUGGAAGGUGCAAUAUAUGCCGUUGGUGGACUUGAUGACACUGCAUGUUUUCAGACUGUAGAAAGAUAUGAUAUUGAGUCAGACAAAUGGUCAGGUGUGGAGCAAAUGAAUGUGCAGCGUGGCGGUGUUGGCGUUGCUGCUGUAGGUAAAUAUCUAUUUGCGGUAGGUGGUAAUGAUGGAACUUCAUCACUCGAUUCUUGUGAACGAUAUGACCCACUUCUGAACAAGUGGAAAUUAGUUGCAAGCAUGCAACAUAGAAGAGCUGGUGCUGGUGUCACAGUACUUGAUGGAUGUUUAUAUGCAAUUGGUGGUUUCGAUGACAAUGCUCCAUUACCGUCAUGUGAACGUUACAAUCCAGAAGAUAAUGCGUGGACAUUGUUGUCACAAAUGUCAUGUCCGAGAGGUGGUGUUGGUGUUGCAUCUAUGGGUGGGCGAAUUUAUGCAAUUGGGGGUCAUGAUGGAGUGAGGUAUUUAAACUCUGUAGAAGCAUACGACCCGGCUACUAAUCAGUGGUCUUCGGUGGCUACUAUCAGCCAAUGCAGAGCAGGCGCAGGCGUUGCGUGGGCAGACUGUCGCGUUGAUACUCUUUUACGACCGCCAUCAAUGGCUCUUGGGAAAGACAGUGGUUGUGCACCUUGUGUUACAGGAGUUGCUCACUGUGUUUGA